AUGGCGUCAUCGAAGAACAUGGGGUUAGAGAUGGCUUUAUCAACCAACCCUUCAACGAAGAAACCGAGGACUGGUUCUGCAAACAAGGCAAGUACUUCAAAAAACAAGAAGACAGCCACCAAAGACCGCCAUGCAAAGGUUGAUGGUAGGGACAGACGGAUCAGGUUACCAACUGUUUGCGCGGCUAGGAUUUUUCAGCUCACAAGAGAACUUGGGUUGAAGACUGAUGGUGAGACCAUUGCAUGGCUGUUGCGUCAAGCUGAACCAUCGAUUAUCGCUGCUACUGGUACUGGUGUAAGUGAAACAUCAACAACACCUGGUCCAACCAACAACAACAGCACCAACACUGGUUUGGUUCCUUUCUCAACUGGUUCAGAUUCCCCUUUGGCUACCUCGGAUUAUACGCCUUGUUUGACCUUUCUUCAGGAACCUGAUCGUAUGUUGUUGAAGAACAGUGGGGAUGUUUCAAGGGGUGAACCAAGUUUACCACCUUUGGAGUUUGAUUUUGAUUUGGAAUUUUCUGCUCAUGAGAUGGCUAUGUUUCAAUCGGUGGCAGCAGCUGCAAAUCAUGAUAAAGAAGGGAAAUUUUGA